ACUGAAUUUUGGGAUUUUAUAGUAAGGGCACAAAAAAGAGACGCUAGGGUUUUCUUUACCGAAACGCACCGUUUCACCAAUCUGUUUAUUAAAAUUUUUUUUCACCACAAUACAAUCUCGAGCUUGGACGCAAACAAGAUUUAUAUUAAAAUUAAAAUUUGCUUGUGGAAAACUGAAUCUUCCGACGAGAAAAUGUUCCUCCUCCUCCGCCGGCCCCGGAGAAGCUUCUUCUCGGCCAUCUCCGGCGACUCCUCUGGCUUCGCCUGCUAUCUCCGCCGCUUCUCUGCCAUCCAGCCUAUCCAAUGCUCCGAUCCCGUCCCGACCAAAGGCGACUACUUCGCCGCGAUCAGUCGACAGUUGAACAUCGUCCGCCGCGAAAUUCACCCGGAGAAGGCGCUGAACCGCCUCCGCCCCCCUGGGCCCUCCGAGUUCGUAUUCCGAGUCCUUCGUGCCCCUUCCCGCUCCGCCAACGACUCUAUCCGCUUCUUCAACUGGGCUCGCUCGAACCCUAGUUACACUCCGACCUCCAUGGAAUUCGAAGAGUUCGCCAAAACACUAGCUUCGCAUCAGAAGUACGAGUCGAUGUGGAAGACUCUGAAGCAGAUGAAGGAUCUCUCUCUGGCCAUCUCUGGCGAGACUCUCUGCUUCAUCAUCGAGCAGUACGGCAAACACGGGCAUGUCGAUCAGGCCGUGGAGCUCUUCAACCGCGUACCAAAAACCCUAGGCUGCGAGCAGACCGUUGAGGUCUACAAUGCGUUACUCCACGCACUUUGCGACGUCAAGAUGUUUCACGGAGCAUACGCAUUGAUUCGCCGGAUGGUAAGGAAGGGCGUGAAGCCGGAUAAGCGGACAUACGCCAUUCUGGUGAAUGGAUGGUGUUCGGCUGGGAAAAUGAGAGAGGCUCAGGAGUUUCUUGACGAAAUGAGUCGCAAGGGAUUUAAUCCGCCGGCUCGUGGACGUGAUUUGCUCAUCGAAGGAUUGUUAAACGCAGGAUACUUGGAAUCUGCAAAAGAAAUGGUGAAGAAGAUGACCAAAGGAGGGUUCGUGCCCGACAUUGAGACAUUCAAUUCACUGAUCGAAGCUGUAUCGAAUUCCGGGGAAGUCGAGUUCUGCAUUGAGAUGUAUUACACUGCCUGCAAGUUAGGGCUUUGCAUGGAUAUAAACACUUACAAGAUACUCAUUCCCGCAGCUUCGAAGAUUGGAAAUAUUGAAGAAGCCUUCCGGUUGCUGAACAAUUGCGUGGAAGAUGGGCAUAAGCCAUUUCCAAGCUUGUACGCACCGAUAAUCAAGGGGAUGUGCAGGAAGGGAAUGUUUGAUGACGCGUUUAGCUUCUUCAGCGACAUGAAGGUGAAGGCUCACCCACCGAACCGGCCAGUUUACACGAUGGUUAUAACGAUGUGCGGUCGCGGAGGGAGGUACGUGGAUGCAGCCAAUUACCUGGUGGAGAUGACUGAGGUGGGUCUGGUUCCGAUUUCACGCUGCUUUGAUAUGGUGACUGAUGGGUUGAAAACCGUAGGCAAGUACGAUCUGGCUAAGCGCAUAGAACAGUUGGAGGUUCGGCUUAGAGGGGUUUGAGAAUGUGAAAUUGUGAGAGAUAUAUAGCCUCUUUCCCCUUCAGCUUGUGAGAUGCUACUGCUGUUUUGUGUGCAUGGUUCCAGCCAAUGGCUGGGCAGAACCAGCUGGGAACCAGCUGGGUUCAUUGAGUUCAGUUCAGUUCUGCUUCAUAGGCAUUGAUACGGCCACUGUAAGUCUGUAACAUAUCUGGGGACUCUUCAGUUCUGCUUCAUUGCUGUUUAGAAUGGAACUGCCAGAAGCAUAAUCAAAUAUAAUACCGUUUGGAAA